AUGACGACGCUCACUAUCGACGGCGCCGAGAUCACGGUCGAGCCCGGCUCGACGGUGAUGCAGGCCUGCGUGCAGGCCGGCAAGGAAAUCCCUCACUUCUGCUAUCACGACCGGCUCUCCAUCGCCGGCAACUGCCGCAUGUGCCUGGUGGAGAUGGAGCGCUCGCCGAAGCCGAUCGCCUCCUGCGCGAUGCCCGCCGCCGACGGUAUGGUUAUCCGCACCGACACGCCCGAGGUGAAGAAGGCGCGGGAAGGGGUGAUGGAGUUCCUGCUCAUCAAUCACCCGCUCGACUGCCCCAUCUGCGAUCAGGGCGGCGAGUGCGACCUGCAGGACCAGGCCAUGGCCUACGGCCGCCAUUUCAGCCGCUUCGAUGAGGGCAAGCGCGCCGUGCGCGACAAGGAUGUCGGGCCGCUGAUCGAGACCAUCAUGACGCGCUGCAUCCAUUGCACGCGCUGUAUCCGCUUUGCCGACGAGAUCGCAGGCGUCGAGGAGUUCGGCGCAGUCUUCCGCGGCGAGCACAUGGAAAUCGGAACCUAUGUCGAGAAGGCGGUGACCUCCGAACUCAGCGGCAACAUGAUCGACCUCUGCCCGGUCGGUGCGCUGACCUCGAAGCCUUACGCUUUCGUCGCUCGGUCGUGGGAGCUCAGGACCACCGAGACCGUCGACGUGCUCGACGCUGUCGGCUCCAACAUCCGGGUCGAUACGCGGGGCACCGAGGUGCUGCGGGUCGUGCCGCGCCUGCACGACGAUGUGAACGAGGAGUGGAUCUCCGACAAGAGCCGCUUCGCCUGCGACGGGUUGCGCCGGCGCCGCCUCGACCGCUGCUACGUGCGCCGCGACGGCAGGCUUGAAGCGGCGAGCUGGGCCGAGGCGUUCGACGCGAUCGCGGCGGCGGCAGAAGGCCUGGAGGGCGGCCAGAUCGCCGCACUCGCGGGCGAUAGCGCCGAUUGUGAGGCGAUGACGGCGCUCGCCGAUCUGAUGGCGGCGCUGGGCUCGCCCCAUCUCGACUGCCGGCAGGACGGCGCGAAGCUCGAUCCGGCGAGCCGUGUCUCCUAUCUCUUCAACACCACCAUCGCCGGAAUCGAGGAUACCGACGCCAUCCUCCUGAUUGGCACCAAUCCGCGCUGGGAGGCGGCGCUGGCCAACGCGCGCAUCCGCAAGCGCUGGCGCCGGGGCGGCCUCAAGGUGGGGGCUAUCGGGCCUGAGACGGAUCUCACAUUCCCGUACGAGCAUCUGGGCGAUGGGCCGGAGAGCCUCGCCGCGCUCGCGGCGGGCGAGCACCCAUUCGCUGACGACCUGAAGGCGGCCGAGCGGCCGAUGAUGAUCGUCGGCAUGGGGGCGCUUACGCGGCCGGACGGUGCGGCCGUCCUGGCUCAGGCGAGGGCGCUGGCCGAGGCGUUCGGCAUGAUCGUCGACGGAUGGAACGGCUUCAACGUGCUGCACACGGCGGCGGCCCGCGUCGGCGGGCUCGACCUCGGCUUCGUGCCGGGCGAGGGCGGGCGCGAUACGGCGGCGAUCUGCGAGGGCGCCGGCAGCGGCGCGAUCCGCCUGCUCUACCUGCUGGGUGCGGACGAGCUUGGCCUCGCGCGGCCUGAGAACUGCUUCGUCGUCUACCAGGGCCACCACGGAGAUUCCGGCGCGCGCAUCGCCGACGUGAUCCUGCCGGGCGCCGCCUAUACCGAGAAGCCCGGAACCUACGUCAACCUGGAAGGCCGGCCGCAGCGGGCCUACGCGGCGACGGCGCCGCUCGGCGAUGCCAGGGAAGACUGGCGCAUCCUGCGCGCGCUCUCGGCCCAUCUCGGCAAGCCGCUCGCCUACGAUACGCUGGACGAGCUUCGCGCCCGCAUGGUGGAGCGGGCGCCGACGCUGGCCGCGAUCGACCGGCUCAGCCCGGCGACCGCGCUCAGCGUGAUCCUGUUCCUCGGCGGCUGGUUGCCGCCCUUCCACGUCGAGCCCCUGAUGGCGGUUCCCGGUGUGGUCUGGUUCCUGCUGAAGACGGCGGUCGUCGUCUUCUUCUUCACGUGGACGCGCGCGACGCUGCCGCGCUACCGCUACGAUCAGCUCAUGCGGCUCGGCUGGAAGGUGUUUCUGCCGGCCUCGCUCGCCAUGGUCGUGAUCGUCGCGGGUGCGCUGCACGCGUUCGACUGGUUGCCGAGGUAA